UAAAUCCAGACUAACGUCACUUCGCAUCGCUCCUCUGUCGUUCGAUUCAAAAACAAAAUCACCUGAAAAAAUCCUAGAAAUUUCGCUCUCACCAAUGGCGAAAAAGGCAGAGAAAAAACCAGCAGAGAAGAAGCCAGCAGAGGAGAAGAAGACAGUAGCAGAGAAAGCUCCUGCUGAGAAAAAGCCAAAAGCCGGCAAGAAACUGCCGAAGGAAGGCGGAGCGGCGGCGGCCGGAGACAAGAAAAAGAAGAGAACAAAGAAGAACAUAGAGACAUACAAGAUCUACAUAUUCAAGGUGUUGAAACAAGUGCAUCCUGAUAUUGGGAUCUCAAGCAAGGCUAUGGGAAUUAUGAACUCAUUUAUAAAUGAUAUAUUCGAGAAGCUUGCUCAAGAAUCUUCGAGGCUUGCAAGGUACAACAAGAAGCCUACUAUUACUUCUAGGGAGAUCCAGACUGCUGUCAGAUUGGUGUUGCCCGGUGAAUUGGCUAAGCAUGCUGUCUCUGAAGGGACAAAGGCUGUCACCAAGUUUACUAGCUCUUGAAUUAGGGUUGGGGAUUUGUGAUAAGAAAAGAUUUGGGAGAAAUUUAAUUGUUAGGGAUAGGGUGCUUGCGGUGAUGUAUCUACUGUUCACAAUUGACACGAAUGCAAUUCUAAUGAUAAUGUGGUUUACAGAAAUCAAAUAUGCAUUUUUAUUUUUGAA